GCUCUAUUUUGGGGACAGAUGGCAACCCGUUCCUUACAAGCUACCUUGUAAUUAUCCUUGCAUUCAGCUGAACAGCCCAGGCUCUUAUUUACAACUGUCCAGUACUUAAUUCUCUGCAAAGAAAGCUUUCAGCCUUUUGACAGGCACAAGAGGCCAAGCCGCCUGUUGCUUUAGAUUCUGUUUGGAGACCGGGUAGCCGCUGCCUCUUCUCUGCUCGCCUGGUGCUCGGCCUGUCCUAAGGAAUCAUGUCGUUCGCCCACACCGCUGGCGAGUACAUGCUCUCAGAUGCUUUGCUCCCGGAUCCGAGCGGCUCCCGGGCAAAACGGCUUCGCUUGGAGUUAUCGUGUGACCGCAUCAUGAAGUUUGUCACCGUAGGACUCCCCCUCUUCUUGGUGUCAUUGGUGUUCGCACGGGAAUUUUCCACCGGCUCCCAGAUCAGCUGUUUCUCUCCGGGCAACUUCACAGGGAAACAAUCUGCCUACGUGGAUGCUGUGUGUUGGGACUCCUUGCUUCACUAUGAUUCCGAUGCCGUGGGAGACUCUAGAUCCAAAUCUCUUUGGGUCCUCAAGGUCUUUCCAUAUUCCUUGCUGGUGAUUGCAGUUGUCAUGUACCUCCCCUACCUGCUCUGGAGAUACGCCGCUGCCCCCUCCCUUAACUGCGACUUGUUCUUCAUCAUCGAUGAACUGGAUAAAUCUUACAACCGUUCCAUCCGCUUGGUGCAGUACAUGGUGAAACUCCAACAGGACGGCACAGACCCGGAGGAAUUGGGGGAGGAGUUUGACAAGGCUCGCAAGGAGCGAUAUUUUGAGUUCCCCUUGCUGGAGAGGUACCUCACGUGCAAGCAACGCUCCCACUACCUCGUCGGCAUCUACGUGUUGCGGAACCUCGUGCUCCUCUCCCUCAUCGCCGCCACUUGUUUCUACCUGGGCUACUGCCACGUGGCCGUGUUUUUCCACGAGGAGUUCAGCUGCUCGGUCAAGGCGGGACUCCUCAGAGACGAGGCUCACCUCCCAGACUCGAUUCCUUGCAAGCUGCUUCUCUUCUCAGUCUUCCAGCUGACCAGCAUCUGCCUCGGCUGCGUCUACGUCCUCCUGGGGCCCGUCGUGAUCUACCACUUGCUCCAGCUGUGUCAGUGGGACAAGCGGCUCUUGUCCAUCUACGAGAUGCUGCCGGCGUUUGACCUCCUCAGUAGGAAGAUGCUGACCUGUCCUUUCAACGACCUGAAUAUCAUCUUGCUGUUCCUGCGGGCCAAUAUCUCGGAAGUCAAGUCCUUCAGCAGGCUGAGCGUCCUGUGCACGCUGAGGGACGUCACCGCCGACAAGGAGAACAUCGACACCGUGGUGGACUUCAUGACCCUCCUCGCUGGCCUGGAGAUGCCCAAGCCUAAGCAUCACUUCUGCGCCGAAGGAAAAUCGCUUCAUCCCAACAGUGAAGUUGUUGACAUGAAAACUGCCUUGGAAUCUAAAGACGACUGACCUAUACUUCACUCAGCGAAGCAGCAAAUGAAGAAAUGGGACUGGCAAAUGCACUGGAGCAUAAAAAAUGACAGCUGGUACCCCCACAUCCUAUACAGUGCUGUCGCCUAAGGGCACGGGCCCUUCAUUA